AUGGCUCGAGCGUUGCUUUCUACGACCAUCGCCAUUGGUCUUCCUCUUCUCUUAUUGACGAUUCCGAGUGGCAUCAGCGCUUCAAGCACGUUCAAAGGCAUGGACGACCUUCUACGUUCACAAGCACAGCUCGAACUGCCCCGACUUGACGAUCCACUGUGGAUGUCUAUUAUCACAAGGCUCUACGCCGACUGUGCACGUGAUCUUGCGGCCCAAGCUCAGGCAAAGUCAGGAGGUUAUGUAUCGCCAGCCACCUUUGUAGUCCGGCUUAUUCUCGCUGAAGUGUCGCACGCCCAAUCAAAUAUUGCAUCAGCGCAGGCAGACUUGGCAUUGGCAGCAUCUGAAGCUCGCCUGCUCCAUCUGCACACCUCAGCGCCAGGGGCGCAUCCCCGCAUGUCGGUUGGUCCGAGUCGGUUGGCGAGGCUGCCAGUGACGAUAGAGCGACAAUACAUUCGAAUACCCUUCCCUCGUCGUGUCGAGGCUGGAGAUCCAACGACCAGCCCAAUGCCACACAGCUUGGACCAGACAGAAGCUCAUAUCCUUCAACGUCGCGGACUCCCUGUUAUCGAAGAUUUUGACAACUCCAUGUCGCUACUCGUCAAGACCGCCCAGAUCACCCCUUCGCCUGAGAGCAGCAUCAAUCGAAGCACUUCUUUGCAGCAGCAGGAGCAAGAACGAGAAAGAGCCUUCCUCGCAGCUCACAAAGGCAUCCGCAACUCGAGUAUGAUGCUCUCGCACUUUGACGACCGGUCAGCAUCACGACCUGAUAAGGCCAACAGUCCUGCAAACAGCAGAGCUCGAUCGCGCGAAAGCCUUGUUUCUGCUCUGGUGCUGCAAGAUCAAGCUCGAUUUGCCGCAGAGAUCACACAUCACCUUGCUGUCCUUAGUCUGGUCGAGACAAGGGUGAAGAUGGCAGAUUCACUCGCACAGACUGGAGAGGCACACAACAUGAUCGUCAACGCAGCAGUCUAA